UCCCAACAGAGACAAUAGCAGGCAAAAUAAGGACUGGAAGAGAGGCAACUCAGGUUAUCAGGAUUUCUUGAGUUCUUCUGCAAUGCUGCUCCGCUCGGGCCGCAGAAAGCCAUAUGAAGUGUCUCUCCAUGGAAGGCAUUCUGUUAAGAGACAAUCUCAGCUGACAGCUGUGAAAACAGCUUCUGAGAAGUCAGAUCCGAUUUUCAAAGUGCAAAACCGGGAAACAGGUGCAGGCUUCUGUGCGCAACCUUGCUCUGGCUCUGGCUCCCAACAGCGCUCUCUCCCCCACUUGUUUAGUCUGCGAGAAACACUGAAAUGCUAUAUACUGACUGAAGAUUCAAAAACAGUGCAUUUUGACAUAGAUGAAGAUGGUCAUCAUGAAAUAUCAACUAAAGAUUCACAAUCCCAUGAAGAUAUUGCAUGGUUAAGCGUGUUCACAAGGAAUGAACCGACAGUUACUGGUAAGAGUCCUGUGGGAAGAAAAGAUUCUAAAAAUUUGGUGAUCCUCACGCAGAGAUCAAAGCUUAAUGAAUUUGUCUUGUUGUGCAAGGGUAAGAAGCAGCUCUCUCUGAAGGUCUUAAAAGCAUCCUGUUCAGAGCCAGAUUAUCCUUCAGUGGAAAGCUGCAACAUGAAAACAUGCAACCACGAAGAUCCUGACUUCAAACAGCUGAGUGAAGAUAAUCACUUUUUCAUCAUGCAUUACCAAGGAGAUUCAGUGCAGUUCCAGUGCUAUGAAGAUACAAGUUACUACCUGUAUGUGAAUGAUGACUCACUUGAUAUUCGCAAACCGGAAAACGAAGAACCCAAUGAGGACAAAAAUUUUUACUUCAGGGUGUCCUAUUUACAGGAAAAGUAACUUGUCUACCUUUCAGUGAACUUUCAGUGUCCAUACAACUCCUACAGUAAGCUAACACGAGACAAGGAAGGUUGAGAUCAACUAAUUUCCAUUUUGGCUUAAUUUUUACUUUUUUGUAAUUUCUCGAGUCACCAUUUUGCAUGAGUAACAUCCUUUAUUCUUGUGCUUUCAAUAGGAAAAGACAAAAGCUAAGUUUGAAAAACAUACUAACUGAUCAAUCUCUUUAUGUCUUACCUGCACUGUUACGGUUUUAAGGAGCUGAAUUCUUUUGGAAGGGGAAAAAUACAGAAGAUAUUUUGAAGAUAUGGGAAAAAGAAGGAAGCAGACCUGAUGUGAAAUACAAAGCACAGUUAGUUCUCUAUGUGAUAAACACUGUACUUUUAAAAAAGUAUCUCUUAUGAGCCCACAGAAACUUGAGAAGAAAACAUUCAAAAGUUAUUAAAUGCAUUUGUGCA